AUGGCGGCGAAGGUGAUCUCCGGAAAGGAACAGAUGGCUCCAGUGACGCAACACAGCGGCCAAAUAAUCGACGUGGAGUCCGUAAAAUGCGAGUGUUGUGGAUUGACGGAGGAGUGCACUCCGGCGUACAUCGGCCGUGUGCGGGAGCGGUACGAAGGGCGUUGGAUUUGUGGACUCUGUGCGGAGGCCGUGAAAGACGAAUCUCUCAGAUCUCAUAGCAAUAUCACUACCGGUGAAGCUGUUAAGAGACAUAUGAAGUUUCACAAAGCUUUCAAAUCUUCAAUUCCUCCUCUGAAUCCGACGGAGGAUUUGAUUUCAGCUAUGAAACAGCUUCUCCGACGAUCGCUGGACUCUCCGAAGAAGGACGGUUCACGAUCACUUGGCCGUUCAAAUAGCUGUUUCUCCGCCAUUCCGGGCCGGCGAAGUCAUUAA